UACCACUCACAGGGGACUGUUAAAGUACACACGUCUACCAUUUGGCGUCAAGUCGACCCCGGUAAUCUCUCAACAGAUCAUAGAUACGGUGCUACAGGGAAUACCAUAUGCCGCUGCAUACUUGGACGAUGUCAUUAUCAUGGGACCUAACCAGGAAGAACUACACCAACGAACAGAACAAAGGUGUGUGGAUUCCGUGUGAGAAUGGGCAAGUGUGAGCUUCUCAUGACCUCCACUAAAUGCCUCGGCUUUAUCACUUACCAAAGUGAACGACGACCUGACCAGGGCGAUCAAAGGCAUGCCCCUACCUAAAGACGUAGUGACAUUGAGAUCUUUCCUCGAUAUGGUGAGUUACUACAGUACCUACCUACCUACCGUCCAUGCACGACCUAUGCGGACUACUAAACUGAUUGCUGAUGAAGGAUGCUCCGUGGGUCUGGACCACCGAAUGUCAGGUACCUUUCUGCCAGAUCAAGACUUCAUUAAGUUCAGAACUGAUCCAAAACUGCCAGUUGUCGUGGCAUCGGAUGCAUCCAGCUACGGAGGUGGAGCAAUCAUCUCCCACACUUUCCCAUAUGGGUGUGAGAAGCCAGCCGCUCAUGCCGCUCGCUCGCUGACUGCAACAGAGGGAAAUUACAGCCAAAUUGGGAGAAAGCUCUCGCUAUUAUGUUUGCAGUGAAGCAUUUCCACAAAAUGCUAUAUGGCAGUCUAUUUACCUUGCUAACGGAUCACAAGCCGCUCCUUGCUAUAUUCGGCUCGAAGAAAGUAAUUCCAGUAUAUAGAGCCAAGCGUCUUCAAAAAUGGUUUACA